ACGUUGUUUGUUUACAUGCAAACAAUCCAUAAAAUCAUUGUUUUUUUACAUUAAAACGUUUUAAAAAAUCAUAUCCGGAAUUAUUUGAAAUUAAUUUUAAUCAUUUUGAGUGUCUCCUGUGCAUCUGAGGCGAUUUUGCGAGGAUUAAAAUGAAGUUCAGUCUUCAGUACAUCACGAAAAAAGGAAGGCUGGGAUCGAUUUCUGAAAUCGAAAGACUGCCACUUGCGGCUUUUGACACGCCUCUAAUGCUUUUCACUACAAGCGGUGGAACUGUUCCCCACUUGACCCAUGAAACGCUGGAGAUGAUGACUAAAAAGAGUCUGGCCCUGCAGCUUCCCCUUGCUUCCAAUUUGCGCGCACUCGCCGCGACCAGAGAGUCGAAAUUCAACAUUGCCGAGUUCAUCGGCAUGAAGGAGAGUCUCACUCUUUGCUCUGUGAACGAUCCGCUCGUUCCUCUGCCUGGCGGGUUCAAUCAGAAGAACAGCGUGGCUGUUUGGAAAAAAGAAGGCCGGGAAAGUGUCAAUGAAGUUGCUUACAUGGACGCCAUGGAAUCUCUGAGGCCGGAUCUGUACCAGACGCUAUGCGAUUCCGAAACAGACGCGGAAAGCACCGCCAAGAGACUGCAGCGCAGUGUCAAAUCGACAGCGGGCUUUUUCGAGUACUGCUUGGAGAGACACAAGAAUUCCAAGGUUUUGGAGAAAUCAAGCAUUUUGGCCAGCUUAGUCGGCGGCUUUUGCUCCGAGCGGAGGCGCCAACUGACCAAAGAAAUGGCCUCGCAGCCAGUGGACGGAUUCGUAAUCGACGGAUUCAAUGUUGCUGGCGCCAAAGGAGAGUCUGCGAAAGUCGAACUAGUUAGAGAACUCGUCAAAGAGACCAUCGCUGAUUUGCCUGAAGCAAAGUUGAGAGUUCUGCCUGGAUGUUGGUCCCCUGAGGCUUUGUGGGACUUGGUGCAGGAGGGCGUUGACGUUUUUGACUCUUCCCUGCCCACUGCCGUCGCGGAAAGGGGCAGUGCGCUUACUUUUAAAUUCUGUCCUAAAACAAAAAGUUUCAGUUACAAUUUCGAGCACGGAGGGGAGAACGAAUUGAAAAGCUACGAAAUCAGUUUAAAGGACAAAACGUAUUUUGAGCGGCUGGAGCCGAUUUUGGAAGGAUGCGAGUGCGUGGCAUGUAAAAAUCACACGAAGGCGUACAUCCAUCACUUGAUGGUCACCAAAGAGUUGCUAGGACACGUGCUAUUAAUGCUGCACAACCUGCACCAUUACCAAUUGUUCUUCGACAAAAUGAGAGAGGCUAUCAGAGAGGACAAGGAGGAGACUGCUGAAAGCUAAGUUAUGAGACUAAUAAAUUUGUAUUUUAAUUUUA